GUUGAAGGCUUGAAAGAUGACAAGGAGAAUGUAGGCGAAGGGCCAGACAAAAAUAACGAUGAUGGUACACCACUUGAUAUGGGUGAUGAUUUUGCCGGAUGUUUAGAGGAUAUUGAUCGUCAGCAACGCGGGGAUAAUGAAGAAAAUGGUGAAGAUGAGGACAAUGAGCUUGAAGCAGAUAUGGAGAUGGGAGAUGUUAACCAAAGUGACGAAGAUAAACUGGACCCCGAAUUAUGGGAUAAGAAUGAUGACAAUGAAAAAGAACUUGCAGACGGCAGCGAAG